GCCAUCCUAGCUAGGCAAGUCGUCUCGCGUAAUCAUACAUACCUCUAAACUACCAUUCAGAAAAGUGUAAAGUCCAAAUUAUUAUUGUUCGAAUAUAUUCGUAUCAAGCAUUAAAUUUUAUUCGUUUACUGAAUUAGGACCUCACCAACAACUCCUGUACUUCAGGCGUCCCCGACAUCGCCAUGUCGGCUUUGGCCCGUGCCGCCGCAUGUCGGCGACCCCAAACACCAUCAGCCUUUCCCCUUCUCCUCCCCACCCAGCACCGCCCGCUACACACCAGCAGCAGCAGCACAUCACCCCCACCCCGGCCCCCGACCGCCUACUCCCAAACGACCUCCAAUCUGCUGAUCGGCGCCCACACCCGCGUCCUCUACCAGGGCUUCACGGGCCGGCAGGCCACCGCCAACGCCGCCGCCUCCAUCGCCUGGGGCACCAACGUGGUCGGCGGCGUAUCCCCCGGCCGGUCCGGCACGCACGAGACGCUGGGCCUGCCCGUGCUUGGCAGCGUGCGCGAGGCGGCCGCGGCUUUGCGGCCCGACGCCACCGCCAUCUUUGUCGCGGCGGACCAGACCGCCGCCGCGAUCGAGGAGGCCGUCCAGGCAGAAAUUGGGCUGGUCGUUGCGGUUGCCGAGCACGUGCCGAUGCGGGAUAUGCUCCGCGUGCAUGAUGUGCUGCGCACCCAGAGCAGGACCAGGCUGGUCGGCGCCAACUCGCCGGGUAUCGUGGCGCCGCGCGGCAGGUGCAGGGUUGGGUUCCAGCCGCUUGGGGUGUUUAGUCCCGGCAAGGUGGGCAUCGCGGCAAAGUCGGGGACGCUGAGCUACGAGGUCGCGGCCAGCACGACGAGGGCGGGCCUGGGGCAGAGCCUGUGCGUCGGUGUCGGGGGUGAUGUGCUGGCUGGCACGGACAUGUGCGAGGCGCUGGGUGUGCUGUUGCGCGAUGAUGCGACCGAGGCGGUUGCUUUGGUGGGGGAGCUGGGUGGCGUCGGUGAGCUGGAGGCUGCCGAGCUGAUUAGGGAAUAUCGGCGGAGUGGUGGACGAAAGCCCAUUGUGGCUUUGCUGGCAGGACUGGGCGUGGAAAGCGAGAGAGUGAUUGGUCAUGCCGGCGCGUUCUGGGAAAAGAGGACAGAAUUGGCAAGGACCAAGCAGAGGGCGCUGGAGGAUAUCGGCGUCAGUUUGGUUACGCACCCUUCCGAGAUGGGCGAGGUCAUCAAACGAAAGCUCCAGAAUGACUCGAAACACAUGUCUGACCAAGACCAACAGUCACGGGGCGAGUUUCUCUGGACAGGGUUUGAUGCCGAUAAAGGCGCCGUCACUCAGGGGCAAAUUGACCCAGCCAUGGUCGAGAACAGGCUUGAACAUAGCCUGCAGAGAAAUGAUAUAUCAUAUCAGUGGGAUUCGUCGACAUCGUGCCACGGAAUUACCAUCGAUGUCGACCGAUCAGAUAGACGCCUUGUUGCCAUGGUCGAGAAGCCGGGUGUGCGCACAAGACCGGUCGGCGUCCGACACAGCUCCAGCAUACAUGACGACGAUAACGCUGUAGCUCUCCUCACCCAAGAGCUUGGAGACUUGAGGCCCAGCUCAAGUCAGAAAGGAGGCUCCCUGGCACCUAUGCCGGCACAGGAUACCACGCAACGGCUUGUGAGGGCCAUGACGGAGCUGAUGCACGAUCCUUUCCUGAACACAUUCAGAGCCACAUUGCAUAUAGACCAGCACGCAUUAAACAACACGGGAGAGCUGCUGGUGCGCGGCUACAGCCUAAAGCCUGUCCCCGUGGUGCCCGCCGCGCCCAACUCGAGAUGCCAGAUCAGGGACCCCGUUGAGGCCGAGGCGGCCACGCACGGGAUAACACACUUUUCCCUCCCGACGGAACCCCACCAGAGGAGGUGCAUCGGGGUGCUGAGCAACGGCGCGGGCCUGGCCAUGAACAUGAUCGACGCGCUGCACGCCGAGCUGGGGAGGAGGAGGGUUGCAGCAGGGGGUAGGGGCGCGGAGGAGGACGUUGCCGUGGCCAACUUCCUGGACACGGGCGGAAAGGCGACCAGCGAGACCAUCAGCCGGUGCUUGGGCUGGAUUCUGCGGGACGAGAGGGUCAGGGUGGUUUUUGUAAACAUAUUUGGCGGCAUAAUCAGGGGGGAUGUCAUUGCCGAGGGGCUCAUCAUGGCGCUGAAGGAGAUGCGUCAAGGGGGAGCGGUGUGCGGUCAAGGCACUGGCAGAGCGGCUGUGCCUCUAGUUGUGCGGAUCAGAGGCACGCGGGAGAAGGAAGGACAGGCAUUGCUUGCUGAGAGCGGGCUGGAUGGGGUUUAUGUGUUUGAUGACUUUCACAGAGCGGCUGACAUGGCUGUUGAGCUGGCGAAGGACGCAAGAAUAGAUGACUCUAAGCUGUAAGUGUAAACGAGCUUGUAACACACAAGAGGAAUCUAGCGAUUGGGCCAUACGAGACUUGUCCCCUGCUUUUAGUAGAGAAUGCCACUUCAAAAAGGCCAACUUUAACCUUUGUUACCUAAUGCAGACCUG